AUGGCUAAAGGUCUUGUGAACCUAGCCGGCCCAUAUCUGGAGGAAAUGGAGGACAUCUGCCCAGGAACAGGAGCUGAGUUUCUUGCCCUAAGUUUCGAUGGACUAUCCCAAGCAUUCCAUUGGGAAAACAUUUACAAAAGCUCCAUAACUUCAGCGGGUGCUAAUGAUAAUAAAAUCAAUCAGAACAGAAAUACUUUGGCCGCUAAUGCCACAACUGGGAACCAUCAAAGCAGAGAAGAUAAGCGUGUGAUGACACGUCUUGACAGUCAAUGUGAAGCUUUCACAGUGGAGCCGCUCUACUCCGACAGAAAUUUCAACAGCUCAUUCGGGACCCAUCGUUAG